AUGGCGGCGCAAUGUGCUCGUUCCGCGCUGCAGGCGGGGCGAUGUGCGCGUUCCGCGCUGCAGGCGGCGCAAUGUGCGCGUUCCGCGCUGCAGGCGGGGCGAUGUGCGCGUUCCGCGCUGCAGGCGGGGCGAUGUGCGCGUUCCGCGCUGCAGGCGGGGCGAUGUGCGCGUUCCGCGCUGCAGGCGGGGCGAUGUGCUCGUUCCGUGCUGCAGGCGGGGCGAUGUGCGCGUUCCGCGCUGCAGGCGGGGAGAUGUGCUUGUUCCGCGCUGCAGGCGGGGCAAUGUGCUUGUUCCGCGCUGCAGGCGGGGCGAUAUGCUCGUUCCGCGCUGCAGGCGGCGCGAUGUGCUCGUUCCGCGCUGCAGGCGGCGCAAUGUGCACGUUCCGCGCUGCAGGCGGGGCGAUGUGCGCGUUCCGCGCUGCAGGCGGCGCAAUGUGCUCGUUCCGCGCUGCAUGUGGCGCAAUGUGCGCGUUCCGCGCUGCAGGCGCGGCGUGUUGCUUCUUUCCUGAUUCCCGCCCUUUUCUGCCGGUUUCCCGCCUUGUACGAAGAACGUAUGACCGUGGCGCCGCCGCCCGCCUCUCAGCCAAUCACGGAUGGCCACGUGGCGGGGCAGGUGGGCAACGGCGCGGCGAGGAGAGAGGCACGAGGGAGGGAGGCGAGGGAGAUUGCCUCCACACUCACCACCUCUGCUCCCCACACUCACCAUCCCCCCCCACUUAUCACCACUCUUCACCUUCCCCCACCACCGCUCCCCUUUAUUCACCUUUCCCCACUGCUCCCCAGCACUCAUCUCUGCUCCCCUGCGCUCACCUCUGCUCCCCUGCGCUCACCUCUGCUCCCCUGCGCUCACCUCUGCUCCCCUGCGCUCACCUCUGCUCCCCUGCGCUCACCUCUGCUCCCCUGCACUCACCUCUGCUCCCCUGCACUCACCUCUGCUCCCCUGCACUCACCUCUGCUCCCCUGCACUCACCUUUACUGUUCACCCACUUUUCACACCACCGUUUCCCCGUCCCCCACUGUUCACGCCAUUGUUUCCCCGUCCCCCACUGUUCACGCCAUUGUUUCCCCGUCCCCAAAUGUUCACACCACUGUUUCUCCGUCCCCCGUUGUUCACACCACGGUUUUUUCCCCACUGUUCACCCACCUUUUGUUCCCUCUGUUCCCUCUGUUCACCCCUCUGCCAUCCCCGCUUGCUCGCCAUGCUCCCCGCACUCACUUGCUAUGCUCCCUCCCCUCCCCCCACUCACUCAUUGCCCGAAACAUCCAGCCAGGGAGGGAGGCGAGGGAGAUUGCCUCCACACUCACCACCUCUGCUCCCCACACUCACCAUCCCCCCCCACUUAUCACCACUCUUCACCUUCCCCCACCACCGCUCCCCUUUAUUCACCUUUCCCCACUGCUCCCCAGCACUCAUCUCUGCUCCCCUGCGCUCACCUCUGCUCCCCUGCGCUCACCUCUGCUCCCCUGCGCUCACCUCUGCUCCCCUGCGCUCACCUCUGCUCCCCUGCGCUCACCUCUGCUCCCGUGCGCUCACCUCUGCUCCCCUGCGCUCACCUCUGCUCCCCUGCACUCAUCUCUGCUCCCCUGCGCUCACCUCUGCUCCCCUGCGGUCACCUCUGCUCCCCUGCGCUCACCUCUGCUCCCCUGCGCUCACCUCUGCUCCCCUGCGCUCACCUCUGCUCCCCUGCGCUCACCUCUGCUCCCCUGCGCUCACCUCUGCUCCCCUGCACUCACCUCUGCUCCCCUGCACUCACCUCUGCUCCCCUGCACUCACCUCUGCUCCCCUGCACUCACCUUUACUGUUCACCCACUUUUCACACCACCGUUUCCCCGUCCCCCACUGUUCAUGCCAUUGUUUCCCCGUCCCCCACUGUUCACGGCCAUUGUUUCCCCGUCCCGAAAUGUUCACACCACUGUUUCUCCGUCCCCCGUUGUUCACACCACGGUUUUUUCCCCACUGUUCACCCACCUUUUGUUCCCUCUGUUCCCUCUGUUCACCCCUCUGCCAUCCCCGCUUGCUCGCCAUGCUCCCCGCACUCACUUGCUAUGCUCCCUCCCCCCACUCACUCAUUGCCCAAAACAGCCAGCCAGUACCCCUUGUUUGCUCUUCGGUGAAGGGGGUGGUGGGCGUGGUGCUCACAGAGAAGGGUGGGUGCAUAAAGAGGCGGUGUGGGAGCGUGAGGUGGAGCACGUGUCCGGAGGAGAGCUGCAGCGCUUUGCCGUUGGAGUGGUGGGGGGGCAGCUGGGAGACAGACAUCUACAUGUGUGGGAGCGUGAGGUGGAGCAUCUGUCAGGAGGCGAGCUGCAGCGGUUUGCCAUUGGAGUGGUGGCGGGGCAGCUGGGAGACAUCUACAUGUUCGAUGAGCCUUCCAGCUACCUGGACGUGCGGCAGCGAUUGAAGGCAGCGCAGGUCAUCCGCUCGCUGCUGCGCCCCGACAGAUACGUCAUUGUGGUGGAGCACGAUCUCAGUGUGCUCGACUAUCUCUCGGACUUCAUCUGCUGCCUCUACGGCAAGCCCGGUGCCUACGGGGUGGUCACGCUGCCCUUCUCCGUGCGAGAGGGCAUCAACAUCUUCCUGGCUGGCUUCGUGCCAACCGAGAACCUGCGCUUCCGAGACGAGUCGCUCACAUUCAGGGUUGCUGAAACCCCAGUCGAUAACCCUGAAGAGGCCAAGACGUACACGCGCUACAAGUACCCGCGCAUGGUCAAGAAGCAGGGCGGAUUCAAGCUGACGGUGGAACCUGGUGACUUCACGGACUCACAGAUCGUGGUGAUGCUGGGGGAGAACGGCACCGGCAAGACCACCUUUAUCCGCAUGCUGGCUGGUCUCUUAAAGGCUGACCCGGACGAGGAGACCGGCAAGGAGGCCGAGGACCUCCCGGAGUUCAACGUGUCGUACAAGCCGCAGAAGAUCUCCCCCAAGUUCCCCCACAGCGUGCGCGCGCUGCUGCACUCCAAGAUCCGAGACUCGUUCCACCACCCACAGUUCAACACCGACGUGCUGCGCCCCAUGCAGAUCGACCCGCUCCUGGACCAGGAGGUGGUGAAUUUGUCGGGUGGGGAGCUGCAGCGCGUGGCUAUUACCCUUUGUCUGGGAAAGCCUGCCGACAUCUACCUGAUUGAUGAACCCUCAGCCUACUUGGAUUCAGAGCAGCGCAUUGUGGCGGCCAAGGUGAUCAAGCGCUUCAUCCUGCACGCCAAGAAGACGGCGUUUGUGGUGGAGCACGACUUCAUCAUGGCCACGUACCUGGCGGACCGCGUCAUCGUGUACGAGGGGCAGCCGUCGGUGGACUGCACGGCGCGCACGGCCCCACACGACUUCAUCAUGGCCACGUACCUGGCGGACCGCGUGAUUGUCUACGAGGGGCAGCCGUCCGUGGAUUGCACGGCUUGCACUCCUCAAGUCGCUCAACAGCGGCAUGACCUCUUCCGGCAUGCCCAAGGGAGCUGUGCGCUUGUAGGGUGCACUCAUGGAACCCCUUUCUCCCUCCCGUUUUCACCUCUUCUCGCUACCGUGCCCCUCACAACCAUCGUUUCCUCCCACCCCCAACCACCACCACCCUCCCCCCCCCAGCAACUGGACAUCACGUUCCGGCGCGACCCCACCAACUUUCGGCCGCGCAUCAACAAGAUGGAUUCUGUCAAGGACCGCGAGCAGAAGAAUGCCGGCACCUACUACUACCUGGACGACUGA